AUAUUUCUAUCCGGAAUAUUGUCGUGUGACACACUACAACAAUAAUACGGAAGAGGUGGGAAUCAGGUGACACCACUCCCGUACAGCUGAAUUGUAGUUCUGACAGUAAAAACCAGACUGCAUUAUGGAGGACCAGGAGAUGCAACUGAAAGUCAGAAGGGUGACUGACAAGUUCACGGAGAGCAUGUACGUCCUGGCUAACGAGCCGUCGGUGGCUCUCUACAGGCUGCAGGAGCACGUCAGGAGGUCGCUGCCAGAACUAGUCCAGCACAAGACAGAUAUGCAGAGCUGGGAGGAACAAAGUCAAGGAGCCAUCUACACUGUAGAGUACGCAUGCAGUGCCGUGAAGAGCAUGAACAACAGCAGCUUAUAUUUCAAAAACAUUGACAGUCUUCUCCGUCAAGCCACCAGCAUGAAGGAACAGAUUAAUAAUUCUCAAGGGCGCAGGUAGGAGGCGGCAGUGAAUGUGUUCACUGAGACAUGGUGGUGAAAAAACACUACGUUGUUUUGAUCACACUGAAUGCUACAAAAGUGGCUUUAAUCUUCUCGUUAGUAGCAGUUUUCCCUCUCAUUAUUUAGUUGUGCUUGACCUCUAGAAACAUGUUACAUGGACAUAACCUGACUCAAUCUAUUAUUAUUUUUUGUUUCAAAUUCAGAAACUUUUAUUCAAAUGCAGAGCCUAUAAGGGACAGGAAAGCUUGACUAGUUAUGUCAGCCAUUAUCAUACACACCUUUGCUAAAAUGCAGAUCUCUACAAUAUGCUUUUUAUUAUCUUUAUCACUCAAAUAUCUAGGUAAUAUAACAAAGUUUUUUGCAUUGUCUUAUGCUUAUGUCAGUAUGCACUUCUCACAUUUUUUUUAAAAUGAGAGAUAGUCACUGAACAAUUAUUGUUAUCAGUACUUAAUGUAAAUUCGUAAAGCCACAAAAAUUAUAGAAUAUUACUAUUUUGAUAAGAUCUCCAGCGUCCUUAAGGCUAUAAAAGAUAUACUUGUGGGUCUUUAAAUGUUCACAUUUUUACUCCCUCAAUAUCUAAAGGAUCAUUCUUUUUACAUAUUUGGGGUGACCAUGGCUCUGGUGGCAGAGCUGGUGUCAGACGAUUAGCUACCAAGUGGAAAGGUGGUGGAUCCAUCCACAGCUCCUACAGUGUGUUAGUUAAAAGCAGUUAAGUAAAAAUAAAAGUACUGUAUGAAUAUGUGUGUGGUUGGGUCAUAGGACUUGGAGUAGAAAGCACUUUCAGUGUUCAAAUUGAACUGUAAGGUACUAUGCAAGUGCCAGUCCAUUUACAAUUUACGUUAUUUUUUUGCACUACAUCAUACCGUUCAUCAUUUUAUUUUUUUUGUUUUAUUUAUUUUAUUUUAUCCUUCAUCUAAUGUAAUAUAUCAUUUAAUAUAUUGCUUUUCAUUAAAGUUUGUUUCCCCUGUAAUUUCAAAAUCGUAAUCCAGACAUUUCUGAAUACUUUGUAGUUACUAGAAGCGUCAUACUUUCUGUUUGAUUUGUCUGUGUUGUUUUUUAUUUUAUUUUCCACCUUUUUUCCCUCCCACACUGACAACUGC